AUGUCCAAAAGGAAGCAGAAGACCUCCAACCCGGAGGUUGAAGUAUGCAUGCUGUGUCGCCGAGCAGAUGUUCACCCGGACGCCUGCGGGCCCAUGCUUGGUGAGAGCGGGCUUUGCGUCCACAAGUUUUGCUUGUUUUUUGCUGACGGCCUUUACGAACACACUGCCGGACAGAGGGCGGUUCUGCAGAUCCCCCUUGAUGCCAUCAGAUGCGCAAUCGAGGAGGCAGAGCAGAAGCACUGCUUCGUUUGUGGAGACAAGGGGGCCUCCAUCUACUGCGCAGAGACAGGCUGUGAACGCAGCUUUCAUCUGCCCUGUGCCACGGAUGGGGAAUGUGUCACGCAGUUCUUUGGGCAGCACAGGUCCUUCUGCUGUGAGCACCGCCCUCAGCAGGCCGUGGAGGCAGCUCCAGAGCAAGACACAAACUGCGUCAUCUGCCUGGAGCCCGUGGGGGACAAAAAGUCCUACCACACCAUGGUGUGCCCGGUGUGCACACAGGCCUGGUUUCACCGGAGCUGCAUCCAGGGACAGGCCAUGAGCGCUGGCAUUCUGCACUUCCGAUGUCCCGUCUGCAGAGACAGGAUGCAAUUCCGGAAAGAAAUGCAUCUCCUCGGGAUCCAAAUCCCAGCCAGAAGACCAACAUGGGAGGACAAGGAGAGCUAUGAAACUCUGCACAAGAAACACCAGCGCUGUGAUGUUGGCGAGUGCCUUCACACAGAAGGCAGGGAGCAAGCAGAGAAACACGGGCCCUGGGAGCUGCUCCUGUGCACCUCGUGUGCUGCGCAAGGCACCCACCGGCUCUGCUCUAAUUUGAGCAACAGCCUGAGCAGCUGGGAGUGUGACAGCUGUGCUGGCGUGGGCACAG